ACUGAGUAGUAUAAAUACCGUAGGUACUACGAUCAGUCGGUAGGACUCUCAGUCAAAGCAAUAAUGAAAAUCUUCGUGGCUAUUUUGGCUUUUGUGGCCGUUGCCAGUGCGGCUUCCAUGGGCCAGCCCAUUGAAACCCAGUCGAUCUCCAGCACGAUUGUGGAUGUGAUCGAGGGCAUUAAGGAGCAGAUGCCCUGUGGCUUUACCAGUGUCGGCCUGCCGCCAUUGGCUCCUCUUAGAAUUGACCAUCAGGAUAUCAACAUCGAUAGCAGCGUGCUGAAGGCUCAGGGAACCAUUGAUCACUUCCGCCUGAACGGUCUGAAUGAUUUUGAUAUCGAUGAGAUGAAGGUCAACGCCAUCACCAGCAAGGUGACCUACAAGUUCACUUUCCGCGACGUGAACGUGGAUACCCAAUACGAUUUGAGUGUGCUGCUAAAGAAGUACGGAUUUACCAUCAAUCUGAUCGGUGCCGGACAUGCCAAAUUCGCCAUCAAGGAUAUGGUUAUCUGGGGCACUAUGAAGUACUCACUCGGCGUGAUCAGCGGCAACCUGAAGCUGAAGUCAUUGGAGGUCCGCACCCACUUGGGUGAGGUUGAUUCCGAGAUCGAGGGCAUCCUGGGCGAUGGCAGCAUCAACGAGAAGAUGAAUGAGUACUUGGCCGAGGCCGUGGAGCUGGCCAUCAAUGAGAACGAAGAUCUGAUUGCCGAUACCAUCGAGAGUAUUGCCCUGCCCGCCGUCAACAGCGUUCUGGACGACAUCAGCAUCGCCGAGAUCAUCUCCGGUGCCGGUGGUGAUGGUGAGGGUGGAGAGAAGGAGGCCUGCAUUCCCCCCGAGUUCGAGUGGUAAACAAAUCAUCGGUCAUUAAACAACCGUUUAUGAAUCAAGAAUUCGUCACCUGGCUCUUUUCUUGCGGGACUGGCUUUCGGUGGGUUUUUUUUUGUUCAUUGCAUUGGGAAAUUUAAACGAUGUUUUAAAAAGCUUAAUAUUUACAACAUCCAUCAGCUUUCAUUAUAUUUCAAAGACGGUCUAAUCUCAAGUUGUGUCCUAUCUGUCAUAAAACACUUUGCCAAAUUAUUUGCCGAUUAAUAAAGCUACUUCACAUGCACAGAAAAAAAAUGUAGAUUCAUACAAAAUAAUAUAAUAAGAUAUAGCGAUUUUCAGAAUAUGAUUUUUAUAUCAAAGGGAAUAUCUUAGAGCACUGUACUCAAUACCUCACCAUUUUGUGUCAAUAAACAAUAAUUUUGAUAUGAGAGGAAUGCCCCUAAUAUUUCUUUAAACCUUUAUAAACACUAAUUAUUUAAGAAUAAAUAACAAAUUGUUCCAUAUUUCAACCAUGUUUUUGUAAAU